AUGCGAAGCUCUUUUACUAGUGCCCAUUCAAAAGGCUUGAUUUCAAAAAAGGUUUCAGCUCCAACUUCAGAAAUUACCGCGGAAUUCCUGAAAAGAUAGAAAGAAUAUGAAUCUAUAAAUAAAUAUUCUCAAUAGGAGGAAAGCAAUGACAAUAUGAAAGCUUCUCUACACAAAUCUAAUUAUCAUGUCCUCAAAGAUGCUGUCAAUGACGCUAAAUAAAAAUUCUUUGAAUCCACUCCUCAGCGUAAAAACUUUAUGAAUUCCACCAUUCCAAGUUAUCAACAACAGUAUAAUUCAAUCCAAUAUAUUGCAAACUAAUUCAGAACUUAAAAAAAAUCGAAUUGUUUCACACAAAAUGAAAAGAAAUAACAAUAAAAGCAGUGGAACCUUAGAUUAAUUUUACUUAUAGUUAUACCAUUAAUUUGCCUCAUCCGAGUAUUUUUUGCAUUAUUUGUUUUUGAAUGA